AUGUCAAAUCUUGACAAAAUGAAGUCUGACAUCGAGUCUGCAUUGGGUUCUCUGGUGUCUUCAACUCACAACAUCUUGCCCACCGAAGCCAACCGACGACUGUAUGAAAUCGGAAAUGAAUAUUUCAAAAUAUGCUCCGAGCGCCCCGCUCAGACCGCUGGAUCUACAGCUGAAGAGGAAGAAGACUUUGAUCGUGGCAAUAGUACCCCCGGCGUUCCCCAAUUCUUUUCUACCCUGUGGGAAACUGUUAUUGGAUGCGUGAACAAUUCGCCUGUUCAGGAACAAGCUCAUAGCGAGCACAUCACUCGCCUUGUCGACCUUGUUGGCAAAAUUAAAGACAAUUCACAAUCGGAAAACGGUCAAACACUUCGUGAUCAUUACAAUGAGCCUAUCGACACGAUGAGAUUCAGCUCCUCUUCGUUAUUAUGCCGGGAAGGUCAAGCAUCAGUAGCUGGGGCUUUUCAACUUGAAACUUCUCAUCUCCAUGGUGGGGAAUCAGAAUCGGAUGUCACUCGUCUCGCGAAAUCUCGCCAUCAAUGGCUGUCGCUUCAAUCUUUCAUCUCUCUUCUCUGGCGUGACUGCGGAUACAGUGAUUAUGCUUUGUAUGCGAUCUGGGCCCUCCGUUCUGGACUGGAAGACUGGCCAGAAUCACCGCCGGUUUACGGUACCGAGUGCGACACUUUUGAGGAAAGUCCAGCGUACCUUGCAUUUCAAGUUGAAGCCGCGACGAUAUGGAUAUGCAACACGGCACCAUUGAUGUACAAAUGCACGGAAAUAUGGGGACCGAAGGGUAAUCCAGAUUGGCCCAAGAGGGCAGGGGCCCCAGGUAGAGGUGGUAAACGAUGGGAUGGGGUGGAUGGGUACGAUCACGAUCAUAAACGAUGGCAGGUAUGGAAAGACGUCCUGAACAAGGUUAUCCUAUGGUGCGGUAGCGCUGGGAAUGAGAAAUUCCAGGAUUCAAAAAUAAAUGAUGCUUCCAAGCGUGCAUUGGAUGCUAUGGAACAAGCUGAACGAUAA